GGGGGCAGACCUUCCCGACGACGUCCUCGUGCGUCCAGCCACAAAGAAUAUCGUCUACUGGCAGAUGGCACAUCAGGAGAGGCCCGCGGAGGCCAGUUAAGUAUCCAGCAGUCGUGUGCAGUGUACCGGUGCUUGCUGUGGCACGAGGUGCAGUCUUACCCAUUACAGGGAGGACUGUUUCCACCUAUCCAAAUCACCCUGCAAUUAAGAUGA